AUUCAACAAUUCAACCAAUCAAAUGUCAAUGUCCUGGCAAGCAGUCAGCUCCUAUUAUUCAACAAUUCAACCAAUCAAAUAUCAAUGUCCUGGGAAGCAGUCAGCUCCUAUUAUUCAACAAUUCAACCAAUCAAAUGUCAAUGUCCUUGGAAGCAGUCAGCUCCUAUUAUUCAACAAUUCAACCAAUCAAAUAUCAAUGCCCUGGCAAGCAGUCAGCUCCUAUUAUUCAACAAUUCAACCAAUCAAAUGUCAAUGUCCUUGGAAGCAGUCAGCUCCUAUUAUUCAACAAUUCAACCAAUCAAAUAUCAAUGCCCUGGCAAGCAGUCAGCUCCUAUUAUUCAACAAUUCAACCAAUCAAAUGUCAAUGUCCUGGGAAGCAGUCAGCUCCUAUUAUUCAACAAUUCAACCAAUCAAAUAUCAAUGUCCUGGGAAGCAGUCAGCUCCUAUUAUUCAACAAUUCAACCAAUCAAAUGUCAAUGUCCUGGGAAGCAGUCAGCUCCUAUUAUUCAACAAUUCAACCAAUCAAAUGUCAAUGUCCUGGGAAGCAGUCAGCUCCUAUUAUUCAACAAUUCAACCAAUCAAAUGUCAAUGUCCUGGGAUACAGUCAGCUCCAAUAAUUUAACAAUUCAACCAAUCAAAUGUCAAUGUCCUGGGAUACAGUCAGCUCCAAUAAUUUAA